AUGCCCCCAGCACCCGGCACGCAGCCGCCUGCACAUCCCGACAGCCCCGUCUACAACUUUACCAUUUCUGACCCCGACACGGCAGCGACGUUCAACGUCCCCGCGUCGGCCGUCAUCGCCGCCCGCAAGGCUGCGAACCCUGCCAAGGUGACGUACAGCGCGCUCGGCACGGGCGCAGUCGUCUUCAACCGCGCCCGGACCGCCGUGCUGCUCGUCCAGCGCUCCGUGGGUGACAGCAUGCCGAACCUGUGGGAGGUGCCGGGCGGCGGGGUGGACGACUCGGACGCCACGGUCGUGCACGCGGUUGCGCGGGAACUAUGGGAGGAGGCCGGGUUGACGGCGAGGCGCAUCGGGGCGGUGGUGCCUGCCGCGGAGGGCGGGCCGGCCGAGUUCGUCUUUGCGACGAGGAGUGGCAGGAUCGUGGCCAAGUUUCAUUUUUUGAUCGAGGCGGACGGAGAUGGGGAUGACGUCAGGCUGGAUCCCAAUGAGCAUCAGGCUUGUGUCUGGGCGACCGAGGAGGAGUGCGUGGAUGAGAAGAUGCGGAGUGGGCUGGAGAUACCCUUCACCACAAAAUCGCAAAAGGCAACGGUGCUGCAGGCUUGGAGGAUGAUGCGGGAGGGAAGAGAUGGUCUUGGAAGUGCCGAGCACGAAUCUUAG